GUAGCGAGGCGCGCGGCCGAGGGUGAAAGGGGUGACUGCGGUGACCGAGGGAAGGCGGCGGCUGCGUGUUCUCUGCCCUCUGGGCUUGACUUGCGGUUGGAGGUGAGGCCGCCCGGAGCAGCCUGUCGGAGGAGUCGGCUGGGGAGUUAGAAUUGUUUGGGAGUGGACCCUGAUUCCAGCCAUGGGCUUGUCGACCUCGACUGCGGCUGUCCCGGUGGAGACAAAGCAUGAAAGUACAAGGAAAGGUUGUCCGAUGCAUGCGGGAUCAUCUGACCAAAACUGUGAGAAGAAAACAGACUCUGUGCCAGCUCACCAAGACCGUGCGUAUGAGUACGUGGAAUGCCCCGUUACAGGUGCUAAGUUCAAGAGAAAGGAAAACCUAGAUCCUUCCAACAUGAUGCCACCACCUAACCAAACACCAGCCCCAGAUCAACCGUUUGCGUUAUCUACUGUCCGAGAGGAGUCGUCCAUUCCGAGGGCAAAUUCGGAGAGGAAGUGGGUUUAUCCUUCUGAACAGAUGUUCUGGAAUGCAAUGUUAAGGAAAGGGUGGAAGUGGAAGGAAGAGGAUAUCACUCAGCAAGACAUGUCUAAUAUUAUUAAAAUUCACAAUCAGAAUAAUGAGCAGGCUUGGCAGGAGAUUCUGAAGUGGGAAGCCCUUCACGCAAGAGAGUGUCCUUGCGGUCCCUCACUGAUCCGGUUUGGAGGGAAGGCCCGAGAGUAUUCGCCGAGGGCAAGGAUUCGUUCCUGGAUGGGGUACGAGCUGCCUUUCGACAGGCAUGACUGGGUCAUCGACCGCUGUGGAAGGGAAGUGAGAUAUGUGAUCGACUACUACGAUGGUGGCCAAGUCAACCAGGAUUACCAGUUUGCCAUCCUGGACGUGCGGCCCGCGCUGGAUUCAUUCUCUGCAGUGUGGGACAGAAUGAAGGUUGCUUGGUGGCGUUGGACUUCGUACUCCCAACACCUCCAGGUGCUCUGCUGCUUGUGGAUGACUUCCUGCUCAGCUGGUGCUGUGCCAGGUACUUCCUCGUGCAUUCCUUCACAAAAUUCUGGGAGUUUGCCAUUACUCCCGUGCUGACAACACUGAGAAAAUGGAGGGUGCAUGUUGGAAGGCAUUUAUUCUGAUGUCACCCAGCUACUGAAAGGGGAACUUUCCCCUUGGGAGGCUGUAGUGAUGACUCAGUUGGUGCCUGGCAUUCAUGUGGGAUACCUGCAUUGAAGUCCCAGCUCUGGGCUCCAGUCUUGGCCCGGCCCUAGCCACUGCAGGUUUUUGAGGGCUGAACUGGUUACCAAAGCAUGCACAUACUGUCUGUCUCCAAUGAAAAGACAGUGGCAUGUUACACACUAGGAAGAGAAUGAAUGCAUUAGGUAUUAUGGUACUUGUUAGUACUCAGCAAGAUUCUGUUAAGAUUUAUUUAUUUUUAUUAGAAGGUAGAUUGACAGAAAGAGAGAGAGAGAGACCUUCCAACUGCUGGCUGGUUUAUUUCCCAUGUGAUUGCAAUGGCUGGAGUUGAGCCAAUCUGAAACCAGGAACCGUGCAUGUCUGCCACGUGGAUGUUGGGGCCCAAGCACUUGGGCAGUCUUCUACUGCUUUGUCAGUGGGGGGUUGGAUAAGAAGUGUAACAACCAGGACAUGAGCCAGCAAGCACAAGAGAUGCUGGAGCUUGCAAGGGGAGGAUUAGCUAGUUGAGCUGUCAUGCCUGCCCCCCCCCCCCUUUUUUUUCACUAUCUAGAUAAUGUUAUUUGAAGUAAUACCUAUAUGUUUUUUUGUGAAGUUUAAUUUAUCCUUGUUCUCUUUAGUUGCUUCUACUUUGAGUAUC